CUACCGAACAUGGCUUCUCUGCCUUUCAUUAUCUUCUCCUUGUUGUUUCUUUUUUCACUCGUUACACCUUCAACAGCCAAACUGACAGAAGACGAAAUCAAAGUGAUAUGCCUCCAAACCAGAGACCCUCCUUUCUGCUUUCGCACUCUCGAGUCCGAUCCUCGUGUGGACAUGUCCAACAUUCAAACGCUGGCUAGAACAAUGAUCAACAAGGCUCAUAAUUACGCGAGGAAGACCUACAACGAGAUAGAUUCGAUAAUCGAAAUCACCGGUGAUCGUAGCGUGAGAGAGAAGUACCAGCUAUGCGCUGAGAUGUACAAGGAAGCCAUGGCUGAAAUCGGUGGUGCUAAGCAGAAUUUGGCGUCUGGUUAUUAUCAGAAAGUGAGACUUGAAGCAGUGGGAGCGAAGCUGAGAGCGAGAACUUGUGGAGAAACUCUGGAGAAAACCUCUAAGACAAUAACGCCAAUCAGAGAUAAUAACAGAGAUUUUAGGAAUCUCUGCAACAUCGUGUGGUCUAUCUCUAAUCGCUUAAUCAUGGGAGAUUAGAAUUUGUUAAAUGUUAAAACUCUUUAA